UCGAUAGUGCUGAACUCGCGUUUCCUCCAGCAGGACAAACGCGAUCCAGACCAACUCUGGAUAGUGAAAUACCUGUUAACCUCACUCUUUACGUGCGAGAAAUGAGCUCUAUCACGUGAAAAGUUCGAUCUUGUGCAAGUUGCCGUAUUUGGACCGCCGUUAAAUGAAAUUUAUAGAAGCGCAAAGGAAAGCACCAGCUGGACACAAUGGCAGACCACGAUCCUUUUGACGACGAGUUGGUUUCAAGCAACACAACUCAAAGAAACUGGAGAGGCAUCUUCAUAGCUUUGCUGGUUAUUGUGGUGGUUCUGUCGCUAAUUGUGACUUCAGUCGUGCUUCUGACACCGCCAGAUGAAGGGCCCAGAGUGAAGGGCACUCGCUUUGAGCUCGAAGACAUUUUAAGCCACGAAUUUCAGCCUUUCAGGUUCAACGGAGUGUGGGUAUCAGAUGACCGAUUGCUCUUCAAUGACCAAUGGGGCGGCAUCAGCAUAUUAUUYGCAGGAAACUCCUCAGUUCGCACCAUUAUGUCCAAUCAAACACACAUGCGGCUGAAUCCGAAUCGAUAUCAGCUUUCGGCCGACCAGCGAUACCUCCUUUUAGCACAAAACGUUAAGAAAUUAUUCAGGCACUCUUAUCUUGCUCAAUACACCAUUUAUGAUAUUCAUUCAGGUAACGACUUUCCAUUACGGCCGUUGCCGGAAAACGACGAUCAUCCGUUUCUACUUCUUGCUCAAUGGGCUCCGAAGGGGCACAGCCUCAUCAUGGUACAGGAUUACGAUGUUUACUAUAGGAAAACUCCCACUUCACACAUGGGCUACAGAAUCACCAAGAGUGCAGUACCGGGGGUUGUUAGUCAUGGUGUUCCUGAUUGGCUCUAUGAAGAGGAAAUCUUGAGAUCCAAUUCAGCACUGUGGAUGUCAAGUGAUGGGCUGUUAGUCGCGUUUGCCACAUUCAAUGACACUCUAGUUGAAGAGCUCCGAUUUCCCUGGUAUGGUUCAAUUGGUGAAGGCAGCUUAUAUCCAGACAUACGAUCGCUGCGAUAUCCGAAGCCGGGAACCCGAAAUCCAGUUGUCACUUUAACGAUAGCGGAUUUGGCGGAUAUCUCCAACAUCAAAACGAGAAAAGUAUUGCCUCCUGCUGUGAUAUCAAACUCGGAUUACUAUUUUACUGCAGUAUCAUGGAUAAGUCUAACUGAAAUAUCGGUUGUCUGGCUGAACCGCCCUCAAAAUUUGUCUGUGGUCACGAUUUGUUCCAGCCCGAAAUGGGAUUGUAAAGAGAUUUACCCUGAUGAAAGUCACGGCUUGGGAGGCGUAAAAAAGCACCUGUACAGAAGCAUGGGCCAAUUCCUGGAUGAUUGUUUCAUAAAGCAAGUGCCGCCUCAAUUUAAGGCGGGUCUGCGAGACGACAGCGACGAAGAGUAAUAUACCAUUUAUGACUUUAUCUAAGUCAAUUUGAAUUAGGAAAGUCAUCGCGUGAACCUGCCUGAAUUAAGAACUGUACAAGUUUAAAAAUGAGCUAGAAGCACAUUGUCACACCUCAAUCAUUCGCAUUCCAAAAGUAACUUUUUAGUAAAUUGCAAUUGAGCAAUAAGUGCGGGACCUUUGAGCCAAUAUUUGUCUUUAAACGCUUCGAUAUAACUGAUCCGAACAUGUAAAUACCCAAUUAAAGCGUGUACAGAAUCUAUUUGAUGGCGGGCCCUUUUCUAUACGUGUCGACAUCCCUUAGCGUGUGUUUACGAAGGGAUGCAAGUGAUUCAAGUGCCAAAUUUUACGAUCGGUGUCGUCAAACUUGAAUGUUCUAGUGUAAAACGUAUUGUAGAUGUUGUGGCAAAGUAAAUUUUUUAAAAGCGUCCCUGUACUAGGGAGCAGGUAUUGGCAAAGAUGUGAUAAGGAGACGGUAACACGCAAAAAAAAAUCCACUGCAAGAAACUACAAAGAGGAAUUGACCGUUUUUUGUGCAGCAAUGUAUUUUUAUAUUGGUUUUCCCGCAGAGAAUCUACAGCUUUCGGGUUCCUGAUAGGAACGUCCAAAGCUGUAGAAGUCAUUGUGUUACUUACACACUGGAGGCUUCAUAAAGAUGACCGGGAAAUUUUAGCACGCAACUUUUCAUAACUAAGCAAGUCGGCAAAAUGCUUUCAUUUCCGGAAUAUCGGCGGUUUGAAAUUCUUGCCUGAAAAAGCUAGAAACUAUAUAAAAUAUUGUGAAUACUAGAAUUUAGAUUUGAAAUGACCAAUUGUUUUUGCAACUAUACAUAGUAGCGUAAUUAUUGAUAAUAACGAAGAAUUGAUCUAUUAGAAGUUAUGGAAAUUAGAAACAUAGAGAUUUAAACUUGAUGCGAGGCAGGCGAGGUGACCGGAAAAGUAUGGUGUUUUACCUGCCUUCCCUAUAACUAAGCAUUGAUACACUGCUACUUCUGAGAAAUUGUUAAUGCGGCCUAACAUUUGUAAAAUUCACUAAGAAAAUUGUAUAAACGCGUUUGGAAGCAGUGAAAGUGGAGAUGGUCAAUUCGGGUUAAUUGCAAGAAUGGCAUCGAUUUGCUUUACUGCUUCUAAAUUUCCCUCGAUGGAGUCUUCAAAAGUGUUCACUGAAAUUGUAUCCAACAAAGCUCUACGCCACUGAAUCUUCACUAAAACUUAACUCAGAUUUUCAAGUCUAUUCUAAAUCAACUCGGUACUUAAAUAGUGGACCAACUCUAUUUUUCCAAAGGCAGAUUUUCUAAAAUCUAAAACAAUAAAAUUACAUUGCAUAUAAACAACUUGAACAAUAUUUAAGCUGUAUAUUGUAGUGUACAAUCUUGAGAAGGCUUCAUGUUUCGAUAGCAAUAAAGCAUUUUGUAGAAACUGUGAAUUCUUCGAGCACUGACUAAUGCUUCAAGUAAACCUGGGUUGUUGGACAGUUUUGCAAAAGUUUCGCAGUUUAUAAUCAAUUAGACAAAAUCCUUUUUCGGUUUUCCUAAUAGCACAAUAGAUGUAGAUUGUUUCCUUUUGAAGAUCAUGCUCGAAGCUUUAAUACUCUAUAGCAAACAGAUAUAUAAAAGAAACUAGAGUAUUACUAAGAUACCUGAUUGAUCCUAUCAAAGGUAAGUGAGACAAAUUUAGUGAGAUAAAUGUAUCUUUGUUAAGUUUUAACUUAUUGACCUGUUAUUUCCGUCAUGAUCAAAACAACCUCUAUUUGUAGAAGCGAACUGUGAGAACUAGCUGUUAGUUUCCCUUCAGAAGAAAACUAUCAAAGAGAAACAUGGUGUGUGUUUCUUUCCGAAAAAAGUAAGCACUAAUCGUGGAUCAGUUGAAAAACAAUGAUCGAAAUAUGCAACAAAGCUUGUUGCUACUUGAUUAGUGCUUACCUUCAGUUUUCCCAUACUUUUAAUAUGUACAUAGUUUGACGCAAAUAGAAAAUAGUUUAGUUUCCAUCACAUCCACAUUUGUCGAAAUAGGUUGCCAAUAAAACCCUGAAGUAUC